AUGGAGAAUCUUCUAGAGAGCGAGGAUCAUCAGGACUUUUAUGAUCUUAUCCAGAAAGGAGCAGAGAAACUCCAAAGACCCGUUGUCCUCAUUGGGGAAAAAGUAUUUCGUGACGUCGAGGAUGAGCCCAGGUCAGGCGGCCCAUCUGAAAUCGACGACGAGCAGUUGCAGCACACAGUGGAAGCCGAUCCGAGACAAAGAAACCGCGACCUAGCGACAGCACUUGGCUGCUCCAAGUCCACGAUCGUGACGCACCUGGCUGCAAUUGGCAAGAAGAGCAAGUUGGGUACCGCGAACGCCGUGCUGAGGUGUGCAUUUCGCUGCUGUCGUACGAGCGCACAAACGAUUGGCUGGAUUCCGUAG